GAGGUGGGGGAGCGGGGGGGAAGCGGCACAAAGUGAAGCCACAUUGCCAAACUUGCCCGGCGAUUGCAGCAUCGAGCGGCGGCGGCGCCCUGCGUGUGCGGCUCAGCGGCGGGGACCGAGCUCUGCAGCUCCCCUCCCGGGAAGCGGGAGCUGGAGGAAGGACCCGGGCAGACGCCUCUCAUAGCAAUAUCUAUAUUUUUCCAGCCUGGGCUGCCCCUUGCCGGGCGGGGGGCUCCCUCCAGCCGGCGAGAGGGCGAGCGCUGUGCUUAUUUCUUUGCAAGAAGAUCUCUUCAGGCACCCCGAGCGGCGCUCCCCGGCCUUUUGCAAUAUAGAGGGGAAGCAGGCCAUGGUGAACCCCGGCGGCAGCGCGCAGCCGCCCCCGGUCACGGCGGGCUCCCUCUCCUGGAAGAGGUGCGCCGGCUGCGGGGGGAAGAUCGCCGACCGCUUCCUGCUCUACGCCAUGGACAGCUACUGGCACAGCCGCUGCCUCAAGUGCUCCUGCUGCCAGGCCCAGCUGGGGGACAUCGGCACCUCCUGCUACACCAAGAGCGGCAUGAUUCUCUGCAGAAACGACUACAUCAGGUUAUUUGGAAAUAGCGGUGCUUGCAGUGCCUGUGGACAGUCCAUUCCUGCUAGUGAGCUGGUCAUGAGGGCACAGGGCAAUGUCUAUCAUCUUAAGUGUUUUACAUGCUCUACCUGCCGGAAUCGCCUGGUCCCCGGAGAUCGGUUUCACUACAUCAAUGGCAGUUUAUUUUGUGAACAUGAUAGACCUACAGCUCUCAUCAAUGGCCAUUUGAAUUCACUUCAGAGUAAUCCACUACUGCCAGACCAGAAGGUCUGCUAAAAGGUCAGAGUAAUGCAGAAUGCGUGCCUUCAUCUCAAAUUUUGUUCAUCACAGAUGGAUCCCAUGUCUCCAAGUAGACAAGUCACCUUUGUAGCUAGCAUCAAUGCCAGCUCCAUACCAUUGCACCUUCUUUAUUCUUGAUUGCCCUUCCCACAUUUAUUGGUGUAUUAAAAUGACUGAAUAUGAACAUUAAGGACUCCAUGAACCUGGGCUAAUGGGAGACUGUAGAGAAAAUGAAAAAAGAUCCACCGGAGGACAUCUUG